UCGAUUCAUGUAUAAUCAUGUUCCACCCAAACAUCAUAUUGCCAUUAGAAAUUUAUCGCUGCAUUUUGCUACAUCUGCCUUUCAAAGAUGUUAUUCGUUGUAUGUUGGUGUGUAAAGCUUGGAAGAGGAUGUUGAGCACGAAAAGUUUUUGGAAAAGUUAUAUUGUGAAACACUUUGAUCUUGAUGUAAAAUCAGAUAUUUCUAACGAGUAUCCUUUGGCCACGUGGGCUUCCAAGGCAUCGGAGAAAGAAUAUCCGGAAUCUUGGUAUUGUUACUACAACAACAGAGAUGAUGCUUAUGUCAUUCGACCUUUUCCAUCAAUGUGGAAUUGUGGUGUGAUCCACCCGUAUGGAUUGGAUCCUCUUGCUGGAGAUGCUGAAACAAUACAAGGAUUAAUUAGAUCUCUUGAGAUUUUGACUUAUAUGAAAAGUGAAUUAGUUCGUCUUGACAUCAACUGUGGUGAGUCAUAAAUGCACUUAUUAUAUCAUACUUAUAUUCUUACUCAGAUGGACUUUUGCAUUUCUCCUAUUGUUGUAUUACAUAAUAGCUAUUGUGUUGCAAGAUCCUUGAAAUAGAAAUUUUUCUCAUGUA